UGUCUUACCAUGCUUGCCUGAUGCUUUAGAACAAAGACUAAUGAAUGUGAAAUUUGUUUUUUUUCCGAGACGAACGUACUAUGUGAUACAAGAGGCACAAAUUCAUUUUUUAUGUGGACGGCGAAGCUUGCCGCCAAGCUUCUCGCGGCUUUGGCUACUCGUUUCACCGCUCCUCCUAUCUCAAGAAAGCCGCCAUCUCUGCAUGUUGAAUACCUAAGUUUUAAGGUUGAUUCACCCACCAAUUCGUAAAAUGGAAAAUUUCACAUCUGAGCAACAUGACAAACUUAAAAUAUCACGCUCCAGGGGGUCACUUGAAGGGCUGCGAUCAGGUAUAAUUACAGAGCGCAGGGCCACUUGUUUUCAUCUCAUUGAAUCACAAAACAUCCUUUUGUGUUCCGUAUGGUGGAUGCUCGAGCGAUCAUUCAAGGGCUAGGAACGAGUGUUGUCAGUCACGCUCUCCCUGGCCAUUGGCCCACAGAUCUUAUUAUGUUUGCUGUCUCCAGUGCGGUCUUUAUGCAAUAUUUGCGGGAACGCAGCGCGAAAUACUCCUCGUAGUCAGAUGACCAAACGCUUCAUUUGUUAACCUGCUUUCGCAUGUGUUGGAAAAUGGAGCAUUCUAGAGCAAGGUCACUAAAAAUACCUGCUCAACUGCGUAAGAAACAUGCACUUGCUGUUGCUACAGUUCCAGUGAUGCUCCUUAUCAUCUACUACGUUUUUAAUGCAUUACAGGAUGAUAAAAAAAUGCUAUUUAAUCAAGUUACUCAGCAUGAGAAUAUGAAAAAAGGAAAUCCUACUUUCAACUUGGAAAGGAAUCUACUAUUGGUGAGUUAUAACUUAUGGUGCACACUAUGGCAUUCUCAUGGUGUUGAGGAAAGAAUUGAAAGUCUUGUUGAGGGAAUAAAGGAUUUUGACAUUGCUCUGAUUCAGGAGGCAUACAUCUGGAAUUUUGGAGUGGCUGUGUUCAAAAAAUGUGCGUCACUCCUUGUUGUGGAAAUGGAGAAACAUGGAUUUCACUUUAGAACAUCCAUCUUAGAUUUUGUCCCCCCCUUUGGACAGAGUGGAGGUGUUGUUAUAUUUAGUCGUAUACCAUUAGUAAGAACAAUUUCAAAACAAUACAACUCCUCAAUCUUCCAAUAUUUGGUCUAUAGAGGUUUUGUAGUUGGAGAGUUCUUCAUCAACUCCAAGCCCCUACAUGUCAUCAACACCCAUUUAAAUCCUACAGGAGUUGAUUCUCGGGUUCAACAAGCAAAAGAAUUGGCCAGGGCCAUGAAAGACUUCAAUCUGAAUUCACACUUUGUUGUGGCUGGAGACUUUAACAUUGAUAACAAUUACCCCACAACUAGUAACAGUAGUACGGAAUUUAGAAAACUUCUAGAAACAAUGAGUGAAACAGGCCUCCACUCUGUUUUUCCAGUACGAAUGGAGACUAAUAUUGAUGGUGGUAACUAUGAUGCAAUGUUCAUUAGUUCUAAUGUUGCUGUGGUGAGAAAAGAGAUCAUUAAGCUGGUAACCAAAAAGAACAAAUUUGUCUCAGACCAUUUUGGCCUUGUAGUUGAACUAAAACUCUGGUAACAUACUUGCACAGUAAGCUUCAAUACAGUGUAAUUAGUCAGCUGGUACAAUACUAUUUAAGAUACUCCUCAUUUAUUUAUAUAUCUGAAGGUUGAACUAACCAAUAAGACAUAACUUUUCUGUGACUCUGAGUUUCAUGCUUACGCAAUCAUCAGACAGAUUUUAAUGAUUAAGAUCAGUCUGAUGAUCGUUUAAGCGUCAAACUCAGAGUCGCAGAAAAGUUAUGUCUUUACUGAUUACUUGAACCUUCAGAUAUACCACGCUCUGCGAACACAUCGAGCACUGUACGGCAAGGAUAGACUAUAAUCAAGAUUUUAUAUAUAUAUAUAUAUUCUAUUCUGGCAAAUGCUAUUUCUUUUUCAAUCUCGUUUCCUCAAGAGUGUCAGGUUUACUCAUUGCAGCUGCCACUUUUAUUUGUUAUUUGUUAAACUUGAGUCAGUUGCUGGUUCACUGAGAAAAAGAAUCAGUUGUAUUUUUGCAUUAUUAUGAAGCAGGCUUCUACUAUGUUUUUCCAGUACCAAUGGAGACUAAUAUUGAUGGUGGUAAGUAUGAUGCAAAUGUGGUUUAUAUGAUGCAUUCUUACUUAAAUUUUAGACUGGAAUCUUUGUAAACACAUGCUCUCAUUCUUGAUACUUGGCAUCCACAUGGUUUCUUUUCUAUGUUUCAAAUUAGUCUUCUGUAAGUUAGAAGGCUAGAGCUGUAAAAAGUUUGACACCUUAAAUAAGUUACAUGUCAAUGUAAGUGUAGGUGAUUGUAUGUGUAUUUGUGGGCUGAUCAUAAAAACACAUGGCAAAACA